UUUUUUUUUUCUUGUUCUGGAUACAUCGAACGAGGGUGAGGAGACAACAGAUUUAGCUUCCUCCUUCACCAAUAGGUUGUGCCAGCAGGAGCUUUGCAAACGUGUUACCGCCAAAAAUCCAUGGGCUUCAUGAUCAGUGGUUUGCCUCCGCUGUCGAGGAGUGAUGUUGAGGUUGCGCGAAAUGGUUUGAUACGUUUAAGGCCAGCGCCACGGCAUUCAUUCUUGCCAACAAUAUAUUGCCCAUCUAUGAGGUGCAUCAUUCUUUGCGAUGUUCAUGUGAAGGGUUAAAGUCAGCUUGUGCAAGUGUGCAGUACGUGCGCUGAGGUGGGUACAGCAACAAGUUGUAGCAUGUGUGUCCCGUCCAGUUGACUUAUCAAGCAAGAUAUGCGUGUUCGACAGGGCAGGAACCACCCCUAUCUUGGCACAGCAGUCGGCCCGCGACGCCCAUGCCAUGAUCUCACCAUGCACUCUGAAGAACAGUGCCGGUGCCCGGACGUUGGUACUGCCACGACCGAGUCGUUCGAGUGGCUGAGCCAGCUGCGAUUCGACUUUGACCCUAAGGCGAGAGACCCUACGGAGGGCCUCACGGUCAGGAUGGCCGAUGCUCGGUUUGAGUACGGCUUCGAGUACCUCGGAAUUGGAGAGCGGCUUGUCCAGACGCCUCUUACCGACAGGUGCUACCUAACCCUCACCCAGGCUCUACACCUCCGCAUGGGUGGCAACCCCUUCGGUCCGGCCGGUACGGGUAAGACGGAGUCGGUCAAGGCCCUGGGGGCACAGCUCGGACGGUUCGUUCUGGUAUUCAACUGCGACGAGUCGUUCGACUACUCUGCGAUGGGCAGGCUAUUCGCCGGCCUGUGCCAGGUGGGCGCGUGGGGCUGUUUCGACGAGUUCAACCGCCUGGAGGAGCGCAUCCUCUCGGCCGUUUCCCAGCAGAUCCUCGCCAUUCAGAAGGGCUUGUUGGACCGCCAACCCAAGGUGGAGAUUCUCGGCCGCAGUGUGCGCCUGCACCCGGACGUGGGCAUCUUCGUUACCAUGAACCCUGGAUACGCCGGCAGGUCCAACUUGCCGGACAACCUGAAGCAGCUGUUCCGUGCGGUGGCCAUGGUAGUGCCCGACCGAAAGCUCAUCGCUCAGGUGAUGCUCUUCAGCCAGGGCAUUUCAACGGCCGAAGAGCUCGCAGGCCGCAUCGUCCUCCUCUUCCAGCUGUGCGAGGAACAGCUGUCCUCGCAGUCGCACUACGACUUCGGCCUCCGCGCUCUCAAGUCCGUGCUGGUGGGCGCCGGGGGGCUUAAGAGGAAGGCGUUGCAGGAGGCGGCGGCGUCUGGCACCGGCAUCGGGAGGCUCACGGGAGAGGGAGAGCAGGCCGCCGGCGCCGGGCUGGGGGGUGACGCGGAAUUACUCGGCCCGGUCGAGAGGGAUGUUCUCAUCAGGUCGGCGUGCAACACGGUGGUACCGAAGCUCGUGGCACAGGACUACGCCCUGUUCGCCAGCCUCCUCAACGGAGUGUUCCCAGGAUGCCAGGUGUCGAUGAUGACCGAGGAGGGUCUGCGUGAGAAGCUUGAGGUGGUGUGCACGGCGAGACGCCUGCUAAUGGGAGAGGCUUGGGUGCAGAAGGUGCUGCAGCUCAAACAGGUGAAUUGGAUAUCCAAAACUACUUUAAGAAGGCAAUGGGUUUCGAAGCAACUGAGCAUGCCGCACGGUCCGCGUACGCGAAUAUCGCGUCGCGCGAGCUUCGGAGCCGGUGACGUUUCUCUCCGCCCACCUCCGCGCUGA